AUGUCAGACCCGAGUCCUACCGGUACAGAGCAAACGCCAGCGGCGCCGGCUCUGUCCGGGCCGCAGUCUCCAAAGGCUGCGAUGCCGACGAUCCAGAGCGUCACCUCGGCUGUGAUCGCAGCCAGGCGCGUCGGCGACGGCUACGCUCGCUUCGACUCCCGCCAGGCGUCGGCCGAGACGCCCGGCGGCGGCGGCGCUCUGCGAAAGCUGAGACGGGUGCGCUCCUCCGACCGCAUCAUGAAGACCUCCGGCCGGUUGGUUCGCACGUCGUCGCCCAAGGUCACCGCCUCGCCCUACUCGCGCGCCUUCGUGUCCCGCACGCCGGCGACGCCCUGGCCUCCGCACGAGGGGUGUGAGGCGUCGGAGAGCGGCGCGGCGGGGAGCCACGUCGCGGACGAGGCCGCCCUGAGCAUGGGGGAGGAGUGGCCGCCUUCGAAGCCUUCUGGCGCGGCCUGCGGCGGGCUGCGCGGCGUGCUGGGGCUGCGCGCAGGGACGAGCGUGUGGGGCCUCGAGCCGUGGGACCUGCGCAGAUGGUGCCUCUCGCACGGCUGGGCCGGUGCCACGUGCGCCACGUGCGGCUCGUGGCCGUUCCUCUCCUCCCGCUUGUCCUGGCUGGAGCUGUGGAUGGAUGUGGGGGGUGGAGAGGAGGUGCUCAGCCGGAGCGGCCUCUUCUUCGACCUCGUCUUUACGCUGCUCUGGUCCGCCGCCAUCUUCGUCUCGAUGCUGCGCAUCUGGUCCACCGAGGUGGCCUACCGCGGCCGGCUGGCGGUGUGGGUCGGCCGGUGGCUCGAGGUGGCUCUCCUAGCGCCGGCGGCGGAGAUACUGGUCGACGAGUGCGGCGGUAUCGUCGUGUGGCUGGUCGGGCGGCAGCUGCUGUCCCCAGGGCUGCUGCUGCUGCUGCUCCUGCUCGGCGGCUUCUGGGCCGACGUGCGCCAGAUGUGCCGCGAGGCGCGCAAGGGGCUCCUCUCGGGGCCGCACUUUCCUCGCGGCCGCGUCUCGCUCCCCCUCAACGCGCACUUCGGCAUCGCGCGGCGCGCAGAGCUGCACCGCCCUCGCGGCCGGCGAGGAACCGCACACCGGGCUCGCGACCGCUACACCAACCACCAACCAACCAGCCAGCAGGUGGCGUCGACGGGGGAGCGGUUCACUGUGGAUGACCUCGAGGCCAUCUUUUCGGACAUCGACAAGAAUCCGUCAGACAACCGCCUCGUCGAGUCCGAGCUAGAGGAGGCCGUGCCGUACCUCACCCGCCUGGGAGCUGAACCCCGCUUGAGGGGCUUCCGCUCGCCGGCCCUGGCCGACGUGUUUGCCUUCGACGUGGACCAGAGCGGCACGCUUGAGUUCGAGGAGUUCGUGCCUUGGGCGGUGGAGCAGGACCCGGUCAGCCACCUCGCCCACCCCGUCCUCGCCGGCUACCUCAUCGCCGCGUGCCUCAUGUUCUCGCACCACGUGGUCGAGCCGGACGUGUCGGACCACGUCUUCUCCUCCGUGCUCACCAAGCAGCACCGCCGCUGGCUCGUCGGCAAGCAGACCAUCUACCAGGUGCUCUACGCGCUCAAGGCGGUCGCGGUGUGCCACGUCGGUAUCGCCGUCAAGCUCAACCUGCUCGACGAGAUAGACGGAGAUCCCGACGCCGCGGGCCCAGACACGGCGCACCCUGUCGUCCAGCGCGAGUUUGGGCGGCGGCUUCUCCUCGGCGUCUCGAUCACGGCGACCUUCGCGCUGCAGAUGCUCAUGCAGCCGCUGCACACCUCGUACCUCAAAAACUACUCGCUGCCCGCCCUCCGGCUGCAGCCUCGCCGCGCCGCCCUCGUACUCGGCCGGCUGGUUCUGCUCUGCGCCACGCCCGCCGUCGCGCUGAGGGAGCACGUGCCGCAGGCGCGCAUCGCACAGGUGGCGGCGAUCGUGUCGCUGCAGACCGUGUGCAUGUACGUGCAGGAGACCAUGCCCCUCCCUGCCAAGGGCGAGAUGCAGCAGCAUUCGCGCGGGGAGAGCCCCUCGCUGACGAGGCGAGAAGUCGCGCCGGCACUGGCAGCAGCCGAGCAGGCGGCCAAGGGUUCCGUAGCAACCGAUCAACCGUAGCGACUAGCGUGUGCUCCGUGCAGUGUAUAGGCUAUAGCCGAAACCUGGGGCGGGCAUGUACGGCCUUGAAAACGCGUUGCUUUGUUGUGUGUAUGGAUUUCCCGAGGAA